AUGGCCCCCAAAUUCCUCAAGGAGCUUCGCCGCCGGUCCAAGGCUAGUUUCCGUACCGAUGCUUCCACCGACACAUCUAGUGAAGGCGCCGUGAGCCAUGGUACUGCCACUUCGAGCGGCUCCGUCACCCCGCCCUCAAUUGCACAGAAUUCCGACCCUGCUCUCGACCUCCAGCUCAAGGACACCGGCGAGCAGCUCACCCAGACGUCUUCACGCCCAACUCUGCCUGCCAAUGGAAGCAAUGCGAGCAGAUAUAGCACUCAAAGCGUCCCCGGCCCGUCCGGACUCGGCUCCCCCGCUCUGAGUGGAAAGCCCAACAUUCUCCUCUCCAAAUAUGCCCCGCGUAUUCACAAUAUCAAUGAAAACUCUUGGGCAAGUAUACCCUUGUCCAGUCUGCACCCCGCAAGCAUGAUCAAUGCGCCUCAAGCGGAACGAGUGUAUCAAAAAUCUAUCAUCCUCUACGGCACCAUUGGGGACUCUGCCACCACCACGACGCCCAUGGACGGCACGAUAAUCCUCAGCAGACUAGACGAUGACAUUCCACCCAUCAGCUGGCCUGUUUGCGAUUCUCACUUCAAGGCUGUCGCUUACCUUCAGCCCGGUCCCAAUAAGCUGCGCUUUGACUUUGCUUCUCCCAAGCUGGCCAACAGCACUUCCUCAAACCCGAUUCACUCAUCUCACCUCACUAUUCACAUGAUUCCCGCCACCGGAUCACCGCCACUGCAGCUUGCCAUUGUUCUCGCCAAAGACUCACCAGCCACAUACCCCGCCACGCCAACGCGCGCUGAAAGGGAAGGCAAUGGCCUUGAAACCGCCAUUCGCAAGUACAGAAUGGCUGCUUACCUAUGGCAGGCAUUUACUGCCGAGCAGAUGUGGCGGAACAAAAUGGGACGCAGGACAUUUCGUUUCGAGGAAGAAUGGAUGACGGGCUCUGCCAACUAUCGUGACCGAGAAACUGGCAACAUGAGAUCCGAAGCUAGAGUCCACGUCAUACGCUGCGACAAGACCGUCGCCGAGCUACAGCAACUCGCUGAAUCGGCGAGCACCGAACCGGCCAACAGGAAGGUCAUGAGAGCCGCCGUAGCCGGUGCUGUCAGCUCUUACUUCAACCCACUCCCUGGCCAGAAACAAUAUGUAGCCGCAAUGCUGCUUGAUACCGAUUGGGACCUCCCCGACGCCAGUCUUGCAACCGACGUGGAUACACCCACAAGUAGUCCCGACGAAGCCAAGAUUGCACUAUUAGGUUCCCAAUACUUACAACACUACCCCUCGAGUCUAGAGGAAGUAGUGCCCUCCUUUACAGACUGCACUCCAACUGACACACAACUUGCCAAGUACCAAUGUGGCGAGGCAGGUAGCUCGUGGGAAGCUGCCAAUGCUGGUGUUGGUGCACACUUGCAUGAGAUUGGCCGUCUGUUUGGCUGCCCAUCUCAAGAAACGGGUGUCAUGCUGAAAGAUUAUGUCGUCUUUAGCCGCACAUUUGUCACCCGCGAGGCAUACUCGACAAGAACAAAGUCAAAAGGAGGAUUGGCUCUGCAAGGAGACGAGUGCGCAUGGCACAGGCUAGACUGUCUUCGUUUCCGCGCACAUCCCGCCUUCCGACUCCCACGCGACCCCCCGGCCCGCUCCGACGCCAGUGUGCAGGCCUAUGCUGUUGAGAAUGGAACUCUUUUAGCCGUUGCUUCAUCUGGCAUCUCUUUUGUAGAGAUCUAUGGCGAAGGUGACCGAGUUUGCCGUUCUUGGAUGGAAUUUCCCUUGGACAGUACCGCAACACACCGGCAAAUUGCUCUUUCAGAGCAAGACAUCGCAACAAGAUUACCUGAGACAAUACGAAAAGGCCCCAUCAGACUUUCAAUAAAGUCUCACGGUGGCAACUCUCUGGACAUUGACAAUGUCAAACAAUUCAUCUCCAAGGCACAGGCAGUCAAGAUCAAGGGCUCGAAACAGGGCUUCCGCAGCUGUCAAAUCGGAACUGCACAGCCUCCAAAUACAGACCCAGAGGACCUUCUAUUUGCAUCGGCUAUCACUGACAGAGUCAUGAUACGAAUGAAUGUCUACCAUGAUGCCGACGUGAUAUACGGGCUCGAGUUUGUGUAUGACGAUGACGAGACUCAGCUCUUCGGCACGAGGGCAGGAAAAAUUAGAGGCGAUACCUACGACUUUGAUUUGCGACGAGGAGAGUACCUGAGCGGCUUCACUAUCAAGGGAGGAUCGGCGAUAAAUGGCCUCCAAGUCUUAACUAGCCUAGGCCGUAAAUCUCGCGUUUUUGGCAAUCCGUAUGGCGGAUCAAGCCACACUAUUCUGCCUCCCAGAGGAUAUACAAUUUGUGGUGUCUCUGGCACCCACAGGUCUCAGCUUGACAGCAUUUCAGCAGUAGUCACGCGAUGA